GACCGCGUGCUAUGGUUGGUCGGAGAUUUUUCGAUUUCACGAUCUUAAAGUCAUAUGAUUCACAGCAAAUAUAGCAACAAAUAUCUCAAUUGGUAUUUUCCAAAGUCACGAAACGUGCAUUGAGUUUGGAGCGAUAUCUGAAGUGAAGAUUGAAGACGUGAUAGAAGAUGGACGACCACUGCUAUGCUAAGAUGGCGACGUCCGCUAAAAGAGAACAUGAAAGAGAAUCAGCGCCACCAACUUCCAGCAAAUCUCUAACGGAGAUAAAGACGAAAGAUGAAGACGUCCAGCAGCUGAUCGGUAAUCCAGAAGAAGUUUCCCCUCAGUUAGGGGGGAGCUCCACUUUGAAGCAGGAGACUCCACAACCACCCUGCAUUAAAAAGGAAGAGGAGGAACUCUGCAUCACUCAGGAGGGAGAGUGUCUUCUAGGACGAGAGGAAGCUGAUUACACUAAGUUUCCACUGAGUAUUCUCUCUGUGAAGACUGAAGAUGAUGAAGAGAAACCACAACUAGACAACAUCUUAACUCCACUAUCACAUAGUGAGGCGAAAGACAAGGUUGAAGAACCUUUGAGCAGCGAUAAAGACUGUGAAGGUGAUAUGAGGACUCACAUUGACAAGAAACACUCUGAAUGCUCUACUAAGAAGAGAAGUAAAACAUGUUUGAGCUGCUCAGUUUGUGCUGAAAGUUUUACUAAAAAGUGCCACUUGACUCGACACAUGAGAACACACACAGGUGUAAAACCAUUUAAGUGUUCAGUUUGUGGCAAAAGUUUUUCUCAAAAUAGCAUUUUGACUCAACACAUGAGAACACACACAGGUGAAAAACCAUUUAAAUGUUCAGUUUGUGUCGCAAGCUUUUGUCAAAAAGGCCAAUUGUCUCAACACAUGAGAACACACACAGGAGAAAAACCAUUUAAAUGUUCAGUUUGUGUCAUGAGCUUUUGUCAAAAAGGCCAAUUGACUCAACACAUGAGAACACACACAGGAGAAAAACCAUUUAAAUGUUCAGUUUGUGUCAUGAGCUUUUGUCAAAAAGGCCAAUUGACUCAACACAUGAGAACACACACAGGUGAAAAACCAUUUGAAUGUUCAGUUUGUGGCAACAGCUUUUCUCGAAAGUAUCAUUUGAAUCAACACAUGACAACACACACAGGAGGAAAAAAAAAUAUUAACUGUUCAGUUUGUGGCAAAAGCUUUUCUGUUAAGCAAAAUUUGACUAACCACAUGAGAAGACACACGGGAAAAAACACAUUUAGUUGUUCAGUUUGUGGCAAAAGCUUUCUUUUUAAGAGCAAUUUGACUGAACAUAUGAGAAGGCACACAGGUGAAAAACCAUUUGAAUGUUCAGUUUGUGGCAAAAGCUUUUCUCGAAAGUAUCAUUUGAAUCAACACAUGAUAACACACACAGGAGGAAAAAAAAAUAUUAACUGUUCAGUUUGUGGCAAAAGCUUUUCUGUCCAGAGCCAUUUGACCCAACACAUGAGAAGACACGCAGGAGAAAAACCAUUUAGUUGUUCAGUUUGUGGCAAAAGUUUUUCUGUUAAGAGGGAUUUAACUAACCACAUGAGAACGCACACAGGUGAAAAACCAUUUAGUUGUUCAGUUUGUGGCAAAAAGUUUUCUUUUAAGAGCAGUAUGAUUGGACAUAUGAGAAGACACACAGGUGAAAAACCAUUUAGUUGUUCAGUUUGUGGCAAAAGCUUUUCUUUUAAGAGCAGUACGAUUGGACAUAUGAGAAUACACACAGGUAAAAAAACAUUUAGUUGUUCAGUUUGUGGCAAAAGUUUUUCUGUUAAGAGGGAUUUAACUAACCACAAGAGAACACACACAGGUGAAAAACCAUACAAGUGUUCAGUUUGUAGCAAAAGCUUUUCUAAAAAUAGCCAAUUGACUCAACACAUGAGAACACACACAAGAAAAAAACAUUUAGUUGUUCAGUGUGCUGUAAAAGGUUCACACAUAAUGCAGACGCAGCAAAACACAAAAGAACACACAAGGGAAAAUAACCAAUUAUCUGUUUAGUUUGUGGUAUGUUGCUC